UAUGCUUUAUUCUCUGCUGCUGGAUUUCCCAUAGCGGCAUGCUGUGAAUGGCUUUUGUUGCUGAUUGCUUACUUGUUGAAAUACUGAAAGAAAAUAGUUGUGCCUGUGUAGAACUCCCUUUGUUUCCUCUGUAUUUUUGAGAUGCGCUCUUUCAACCGUGGUGCCCGUGGUCAGAACGCACUGAGGCAGAUCUUGGCCCCCGUUGUGAAGGAAAUAAUUGAGGACGAAUCGCUCAACGUCAGAACGGAUCCAGUGGAUAUUUACAAGUCCUGGGUUAACCAGAUGGGAUGUCAGAAUGAUUGUUAGCAACUUACUCUAUCACCGCUACGUGAAUCCGGCCAUGGUUGCACCGGAUGCAUUUGACCUAAUGGAUCUUUCAGCUGGAGGGCAGCUGACUACAGAUCAACGAAGAAACCUUGGUUCUGUUGCAAAGAUGCUGCAGCAUGCUGCGUCCAGUAAGAUGCUCAUGGGAGACAGUGCACAUCUGAGCAUCGUGAAGGAAUACUUGUCACAGUCGUCCCAGAAAUUCAGACACUUUUUUCAGGUUGCUGGCGCGGCUCCUGAAUUGCAGGAUCAAUUCAAUAUUGAUGAGUAUUCUGGCUUGGUGACUCUCACUAACCCAGUUAUUUGUAUUUCUGUUGGUGAAAUCAUCAGUACACACACUCUGCUCUUGGACCAUCCAGAUGCAAUUGCUCCCGAGCAUCAUGAUCCCAUUCGUGAAUUGCUGGAUGACCUUGGAGAAGUUCCUUCAGUGGAGUCCUUAACAGGUCUCAGGGGAUGGAUAGAAGGACACAGCUUUCAGGAGGAUGCUUGGACAUCAAAAUAGUUCCCUGGGUGUUGCUCCUCAAGAAAAGCGAAGGGUCUGGCGACAUUAAUGACCCAAACAGGGAAAGGCUGGCGAAGACAGAGGUUUCUCUCCCGCUCACUGAUAAAUGCGAUCUUCCUGGUGGUGGAAGUGCGGAGAUGGAUGCUAGGACAGUGCUGCUGAAGGAAGUGAGAGAUGAACUGGCUGAUGUAUUUCUUAAGAGAAGAGGGAGACCAGAACCUGGAUUUUCUUGCUGUUCUGUUUGUGCAAGUAGGAGAACUGAAGUUUAAAUUGAGCAAAGGUGGUGCUGUGACUCAAAGUCCAUUGAGGUCGUAGCCAUUUCUUUCAGAUGCUGUAGCUGUUAAAUUUGUGCUUGCUAGUUCUUUGUCAGUGAAGAAUUUGUUACUCUGUAAAAGUGUAUCUGUGAUAAUUCUGGAGGAGAAAAAUUACCAGAACAGAAAAUAUUCCAAGUGUGAGCAGGUCUGAUGGCAGCAGUUAAAUUUACUGUUGUACGGAUGAUUUGUGGGGAUUAUUGUGAAUAACCCGUGGCAUUCAUCACAAUGUAGAUUUCUUAAAUCAUUUCUUAAAUUUUUAAAAUUUUAUUUAAAUUAUCUUUAAAUUUUCUUAAAAGAAAAUAGUUUGUCG